AUGAGCGGAACUUCAGCACGCAUACUUGACUCUACGGCUCUGGAAAGGUUCGAUCCGGGUGAGGAGCUGGUGUUGACGCCAUAUCCACUGUCCGACCCCUGCGGCAUCGGAUUUGAAGAUUGUGGCAGGGUGCCUUCCGACUUCGAACCCUCUCAAGCCGACGGCAAACUCAUCGAGACAGCCAACCCCGCCACGAGAGCUCGCCUCGUGAUCAAGAAGCGCCUUAGCGGCAAGUCGGCGAACGGCCAGAAGGUCCUCCUGUGCCGCGUGGAGCAGGCGCCGACGGCCUUCGAGAUUGAUAACGGACACGCGCAACACCUGUCGGAGGUCAAUCUCGUCAUAGUCAGGACUUUCACUCCGAAACCGCUCUAUCGAUGGGUGCGCGAUGGAUACCGAUCUCACGACAAUGCAUUUGGCGAGCUGCAUUCAGAGGCCGCAGUGUACCAGCAUCUGUACGAUAACAAUCUGACCGGCUAUCCUCACUUGGCGCCGCAGUACUAUGGCACCUGGGUGUUUGAGAAGGAACAAAAGGGCCAGAAUGCUUGCGCACGCGACAGGUAUACUGGUCUCAUCCUUAUGGAAUACAUUGACGGAGUGUCCAUCGAGCAACUUGGCACCCGGGACUGGGACCGUGAUAACUAUGGCCCCCUUCAACUCAGCACAUCCCCCAUCGCACUGCACAGAAACUCCGACAAGACACUCUUAAUGGACACCGAAAGCCGACUCCGCAUAUUCAAGACCUUGCUCGACGGCGUAGUCCGAAAAUUGCACGUUGGUAUCUAUGUCAAUAGGUUGAACCUCACCCCUAGCCACGUUUUACUUUCUUUCCGCAACAAUGGAAAAGAUCUUGAAGAACCGAGGGUAGUCUCCAUCGAUUACCACAUGGAUACGGUAUGGUCUCGGACCAAGGAAGGACGUGAUUCGGGCAAACCCAUGAUCGCGCAACAGCUCGACAGGCCACCUCAUCCUGCUCUGUACUUUCCACGUCGGAGCUGCAUUGACGACUUUGAUGGUUGGCUUCCUCGUGAAUGGGGCCAUAGCGACUCCGAUCAGCUCUGGGAAUGGCUUUUGAGUGAAAGCGGAUUCGGGCCCUUGGAUGGUAACGAGAAAUACAGCAAUCUUCCUUCUGAGAAUGCUGAACAUUUGGGUCUCUCUAUGUUUCCAGUCUUUUGA